AUGCCUCCAAAAUUAGAUCAAACAGCUAAAAGAGCUACAAGACUAUCAUUAUCUCAAUCAGGUCAGAAAAAACCAUUCAACAAAGAACCUUCGAGACGCCAGGUAAAGAUUGCUAAACCUGUGGACGAUAUUAACGGAGUUUCAUCAAAUGAAUCUAUUAAGCCAGACGAUCAAUUAAAAUUAACUGAAGAAGAAUUGGAUGAAGCAAUAAGUAACGUUUUACAAGCCACAGAAUCACCGGAAUUAACUGCUCGAGUAUCAUAUAGUUAUAGAGACGGAUCAUUUGUACCAUUUAAAAAUAUUCUUCCGUUUAUCACAUUGAUUGAUUUAAAGUCUACGCUAAUUUAUAAAACAGAAGAAUGCUUUACAGACAAUGACAAAGAAACUGCACUUGAAGAAGUAAAAGAAAAAAUUAACCAUAACAAUGAAGACGUUGAGGUUGACACAGAUGAAAAUGUUGAUGAACGAGUACAAGAUGAAGUGGAUGAAGAAGAAAGUGAAGCUGAGGGAGAUUUACCUAGUGAAGAAGGUGACCAAGGAGAAGGAGGAGAAGAAAUUGACGAGGAAAAAACUUCAAAACCUAAAGCAACAUCGGACUCAGACGAAGAAGCACCAGUAGUUGUACAAGAUGAAUCUACUAACAAUGAUAUAAACUCAUCAGCAAAAAAAAGAAAUGCACCAAAAAAACUUAUGAAUCAAUUUAAUUUCUUCGAGAGAUGCGCACUUACAGAAGAAAUCAUUUUAAGAGAUAAAGAAGUUCAAACUACACCACCAACAAAAAAUGAUUUUUGUACAUAUGCAACACAAUGGAUUAUUUAUGAUGCUUAUAACGAAGAUUUCUUGAAGCAACAAGAAGAAAAAGAAAAAGAAAAAAGAGAUAAAAUAGCUGUUCAUGCAAGUAAAAAGAGUGGUAGUAAAAAAAAAAAAAAUUAUGUAACUGAAGAUCAAACUGAAAAAAAUAUGUUAAUCACUGCUAAAUUUCUGGAAAGAAUUAUCAAUUUAAAUACAAUGGAUGCUAUUGCACAAGAUUUCCGAUACUAUGAGGAUCCAUCUGAUCAAUUUAGGGGUAGAGAUGGAACAGUACUCCCAUUAUGGACAAUGACAUAUGACAAAGCUGACAAUUUAUAUGUGACUGAUAUAAGUUGGAGCCCAGAUUACUUUGACAUGUUUGCUGUUACAUUAGGAACUUCUCAAGGGCAUUUACCAUUAACUGAAAGUCCAGAUGUGGGUUAUGUAUGCUUAUGGUCUUUAAAAAAUCCAUCAUAUCCCGAAUAUAUAAACCAGACGCAUUGUGGAGCGAUGUGUUUAGACUUUCAUCGAAAUCACGGAUUUCUCCUGGCUGUUGGAUUUCAUGACGGUCAUUUGGCUGUAUAUAAUGUUAGCUUGCCAACAAAAGAACCUCAAUAUAUGACAGACUCAGUAAAUACUAAACAUAUGGCUUGUGUAAGACAGGUAGUUUGGGUAAAAGAUUUGCCCGAUGGUGAAUUAAAUUUUUAUUCUAUAUCUGAAGAUGGAACUGUUUGUAAUUGGUUACUAAUGCAAAGUGAAAUGUCAAAGACCAUUAUAGUUACAUUAGUUUUAGACAUUGAACCUCAAAUAACACUUGGUGGAAUUAGCGAAACAUUAAUUGGUAGAGGCACAACAAUUGCUUUUCAUCCCGAAAAAAGUGGAAUAUAUUUGGUUGGAACCAAUGAAGGCUAUAUAUUUAAAUGUAACACAGAAUGGAGCUCAUUUUUUAUGCAAAAAUUUAAAGCUCACGAAAUGUCAAUUUAUAGAAUUGAUUAUAAUAAAUAUGAUCCAAACAUUUAUUUAUCAUGUAGCGGUGAUUGUACAGUUAAAAUAUGGGAGGAUAAAUCUGAUAUACCACUUUUGAUAUUUGAUCUCCUAUGGAGUGUGUCUGAUGCUCUUUGGUCACCGUUUUCAAGUACAGUUUUUGGAGUCAUCACCGAAGAUUGUAAUGUAGUAUUUUAUGACUUAGACGCAGAUAAGUAUAAGAAUAUUUGCUGUCAACCUAUACAACCUGAAAAUCAAUACCAGCUUACUAAGUUGGCAUUUAAUUGGCGGAUGCCUGUAAUAAUUGUUGGUAGUUCAAAAAGUACGGUCGUCGCAUUAAAAAUGUCACCUAACCUUCGAUUGAUAAUGAAACCACCGAAAAAAGGUAAACAUUACACUACGCAAAUGUUGGAAUUAGAAAAAUUACACAAAGCGUUGGACUCAACUCGAGAACCAGAUACUUUAGUUGUACCUGCUGAUGAUGAUACUACAGAUUCAUAAAUUAACGCAUUACGCAUACAUUAUAUAUAAACAUAUUAAGCAAUAUUGUAGUAAUUAUAGUAGCUACUUUCUUGUACAUUCAAAGAAAUAUGAUUUUUUUACAAUUUAUUUCUCUCUAUUUUCAAAAU